AUGUGCGACUGGGAGGAGUUCAUCUUCACCUGCGGCCACUCGGUCUUCCGGAAGAAAUGCUACUGCCACUUUGCGCGGAACCACCCACAACACCUCUGCAACCGCGUCCAGAAGCUGCGGCACUGCUGGGACCAGCCAUACCCGUGCGACCCAUGCGCGGAGAGGCUAAGGCAAGAGGCC